GCACGCAGAUACUGCUUCAAGCGUUGUGGGUGCACGGUCGCACUGGGAGGAAGUACUUCGGUGUUGCCACCGCCGGCGAAGGCGGCCAAUCUGGAGUAGCGGCAUUGUUGGGAAAUGCUGUAGCAUCUGCAUAUGACAGGGACCAACGAGAAGAUCAACUGGUGCCAUCGUGGGACGGCGAAGUGCACAACUGGCCGGAGUACGCUCGGAGGGUGCGUUUGUGUUGGGCUCAGACACCUCUGCACAAGCGCUACACGCUUGCUCCUCGCUUGGUUCUGCGCUUGAAGGGCAAAGCCUGGGAAGCCGCCUCAACCGUGAAUCACUCCAAGCUGAGCCAAGACAAUGGCACUCAAUACCUCCUGUCAUACUUGAAGGAGAAACUGGGAAGGCUGCCUGUCCCAGAUGUUCGACAGCACCUUGACGACCUUUUCGUCAAGCUGAGGAGGCAACCUGGAACAGAUCUCCUGAGUUGGUGCACUCAACUUCGUGAGAGUUACCGUAGAGUCCAACGUGCACUGGCUCGAACAUUCAGGCCAAAGAAGGAGGUAGGCGUUCAGACUGAGCGCUCUAUGUUUGCUGGAGAGGAUGCUUCGGAACGUGGCACUGGAAGUGAGCCGCAUCGAGAGCCAAUCCGUUCAACUCCUGAUGGAACUGAACGGGAGAAUGCAUCUCCGCUGAAUACUACUCAUGAGGCAGAGAAUGACGAGGGCGAAGACUGGCCAUCCCCACAGCAGUCAGAAGCAGGAUGGUGGUCACAGUGGGGAUGGGAUGGCUGGACGAAUGAUGCCACAUGGGACUGGUAUGAUGACCGCUACCCAUCUUCUGGCUACGAUCACUUUGAGGAUGACUCCAACGACUAUGCCUGGGAGGAUGAAGACCAGCUCCUUCCGGAGAUUUUGCCGGAGGAGGUGUUAGGUUGGCUCCUCAUGAGGCGAUCAUCUUUGCCAGGAGGUGCGCGUCUUGCAGUACAAGCUGCUGCAGGGAACAGUCUGCGUCUCACAGACGUAGAGCGUGCGCUACGCCAACAAGAGGAUGAGCUGAUGCAGAUGGAGCGCCAACGCAAUCAGCCUCACAACCGUUCAGGAAGAUCCUUUUGGGUUGAGAAGGACGAUACUUGGGGCUUGGUCUUGACAGAGAUGGAAGAGCUUGAGACCUUGGCAGAUGACCACAUCCACUGGCUUGAUUCGGAGUCACAGGCAGCAUUCUUCGGGGCAUCACAACCAGAUCCACAAGAUGACCUCGAGCAUAGACCCAGCAGCUGCACUGGGCAUCGCCAGUGUGCGCCCAUCUUGCCAAGUCGCGCUCCACAACGGAUUAGGACCUUUUGCUCUGAGCUCUACGCACUUGGCCUUUUUGCAACUCUGCACUGGCUGGUUGUGAUCCCACUUUUCUUUGUCUACGCCAUUGCCCUGGACGCCCUUGAGAUCUUUGCCGCGGGCCUCAUGGAAGAGGACAAAGGGACUAGCUCAAGGCAACGUGGAGAAGAGUUUACUCCGCAGGAGUUGGAAUGCAAGCGAGCUGAAAAGGCGACCGACCCCGACACUGGCGAGACCAUUGUCUUGGUGGAGGCCGAUCCUUUGCAUGGACUCAACAAGUUGUUGGACGCCCUUGAGUCCAUCAACGGCAAGACAGACUUGGAUAAGAAAGGUGAGCUGCGUCACCUUUUCUACAAUGAGUUGCGUCGCAAGCCUGGCGAGCGCAUCAGUGAGUUCUGCACUCGUUUCCGAACACUUACAGCUGACCUUCGUUCAGAGGGCAUUCAACUUCCAGCAGCAGAGCUUGGAUGGUUUUUGAGGGAGAAGCUUGGAUUGGAUGGAAUCAGAAAGCAACUGUUGGAGACGGCGCUUGCGGGCCAAGAUUCGUACGAGGCUGUGGAGCGCGAAGUGCUCAGGUUGUUUAAAGAUCUCCAUGUGUCUGAUCCGCUGCAGCGGAGACCUUUUGGUGGUGGCGAUGGCAAGCCGUCGCUGAUGCAAAGGUUUCUUUCUUCCUCGGGCUCUUCAUCCGGAAGGCCUUCAACCUUGGCGCCUUCCACAGCAAGCUCUUCCAUGCAUCGACCUUUCCGUUCCUCCGCCUCUGUUUCCUCUAGGAGCACUUUCAGGUCUUCAAGGUCUUCAAACCCUGGACAAGCUCGUCAGAGCUAUGUGACUGAAGCCGAUGUGACGGAGGAGCAUGAUGAUGGCGAAGCCGAACUGAUCCCUGAUGAUGCGGGGAAAGAGGAGCCGAGCUUGGAAGAAGUCUUGCAAUCAGAGGCAGCAACUUUAGCUGCUGAUUUGGAAGCCCUUGAAGCCGAGGGAGUUGAGCCGGAGCUGUUGGAGGAGUUGGAGACUGGAGUGGAAAGCGCCGCUGAGGCAUUAGUCUCAAUGCGUGAGGCGCGCACAAAGAUCAAUGAAGUGAAGCGUGACCGAGGAUAUGGUCGCAGUGGAAAUGCCGUUUCUCAAUCCAAACCUCAUGGCAACCAAGUGAACCGUGCCACGGCAACCACGAGAUGUUUUGAUUGCAAUUUACCUGGCCAUUGGGCCGGGGACAAGGAAUGCAAGAAGCCUGGGGCUGGUUUGGGAAAGAGUGAAAAGAAGCCUGGCAAACAUGUCAUGAUUGCUGAAGCGAUGAAUACCGAGUAUGUGAUGCCUGCUGAGACCUUUGGGGAAGAUCCACCAGAGCCUCAUGAGAUCAAUGCUGUUUCUGCUGUGAAGGGUCUCCCGACCUCAACUCUUUCGGAAGCCCUGUCAAUGCAGACCUCCACCGUGGUGCUCGAGAAGUCACCCCAACUUGAGCUUGCAAGCGACAAAAAGUUGGUAGGCGCCUUGGACUCUGCAUGCAAUAGGACAGUAACUGGUUUCACAUGGCUCAGUGGAUUUUUGAUUGAGUUGAAGAAAGCCCCAGCAGAUGUGAGGGCAUUGGUCAAGCGACAGCAGGCAGCUUGCAGCGGGCCACUUCCUGCUGGAAAUUAUUCCACGAGCGUGGAUCAGGCAGCAGCGGCCACAGAGAGUAUGCCCAUGAACUCAGAGGUGCCUGUCAAAGCUCUCCAAGAGUUGGCAAAGCUGAAGGCCACACCGCUGACGGGCAUCCCGGGAUCGCCACAGGCAGCCUCUUCUCUCGCAGCCAUGCCGCUGCUGGGUGCUGGUCAGCGCUUGGCCGAACAGACACAGGCUGCAGCUACUGGGGAAGCAACGGCGUUGAAGGUGACAUCACCGUGCCGUCGAGUGCUGCGACCGCAGCGGUUUGCCCAAAGGACACUGCCACCGAGAAACGCCUUAGACGACCCUUGCAGAUCUGUAACGCCGCUUGAGCAGCUUGGAUCUGACAUCAGACAAGUGAGAGGCAUUCUGCGGCUCCCAAAUGCUGUGCACGUGGCACUCCACCUGCUAUCCCAAGAAGCGCAGCUGAUCUGCGAACAAUUCGAAAAGGGAUUGCAUGGGGUGGCCAUCAUGUGGCAAACCGAAGAUCUCGGUGGAGUGAGCAAAAAUCACCGAGUGGAGUGGAGCACUUUUUUGCAGGGUGAAAACCUGAGUGAGACGUCGCUGUUGCGGGACUUCAAGAUCAUAUGCAAGACGGGGGGGCCUCCAAGCUACCCGCGAUGCCUCAUAACAGAGGGUGAUGUCAGCAAUGGGCUUAGCUUGGUGGAGAACUACUUGCUGAGUCGCUUGACACCAGAGGAAGCUGAGUCGAUGGAGGUCCUCAUUCACAAUCAUUGUGGUCAAGACCUGACGGCUUGGAUUGCCGAGAGUGGGUUUCGCAAGGUGUUCGUGACAACGGAGCCGUACCAUGACCCCCAUUGGUCUUGCUGUUCCUUCCCGGAACGUUGUCCGGAACUACUGGUGAAAUGCGUUGGGGAUGACAUUCAACUUCUUCUGCUGAAGCAUGUGUGGCCCUUUCGAAGUUGCUUGCCUGGAUGGCGUGGAGGUUAUUUCAAUCUCCGCACUUUCGAGCCGGCGGAGAAGAACGUGGCUGAUUCGCACUACAUUCGCUAUACCCCUCCUUUUUGCAGUGUCGCAGUUGCAGGACUACUUGCAUUCGCUGGAGCAUACGGUCAUGCUGUUCUCCGUCGAUGGAGUGAUCCCGGCUGCAACAAUGGACAUUUUGCAAAGUACCCCAUGGCUGCUGCGCAAGUGAUGCGGGUGUUGAUCAUCAGCCUCAGACUUGCCUAUGCGAGAGAUUUGCCAGGUUUACUUCAAUUGAGAGGAGUUGGGCUCAAAGGAUUCGAGAAGUGGAUCGUUGUGCAAAGGACCCAGCCACUUCAAAAAGAAGUUCCGAGUCGAGCGGCUGGUGCUCGCAUUCCACCAGAGAG